CCUAUAAGAAUCUCGACCGAUCAGAAUGAUUAGUUCUCGAAUUUGGCUAUUGUCAAAGCAGUCUAUCUUGAGGCACCAACCGAGGUGUUACGAGUUGGCUCGCGCUCCCGUGCUAUCUAUUGAUAGUUUUUCUAGCCGUGUUUCGAUACGGUAUACCAAGUUCUCGUUCGUGUACUUCUCCAGUUGCUCUCGCGACAUCCACAAAAUUCCGUGGAUUUUCUGUGAGUGUUCCGGAAGUGCAGUGCCCACCUGAGUGUCUCCUGAAUGCAGUUCUCGGCAUUCACGAAUCAACUGCACCAGCUCCGGAACCAGCGGUAAGUAGCGGAGAGCCUCUGCUCAUCAAGCUACACGUUCGUAAUCCGCAUUAUCAACGGAGGGGAUGAUCACAAAAUUCUACUUCCGAACUCGCCGCUGCGAUUCAGCGCCAUGUUUUUGGUAUCGCCUAAAACCGUAGCGUUGUGCAUCUCUCUACUCAUCUUUGUGUGAAGGAUCAGGUAGGUGCACUGAUUCAAACCGGCGUCCGAACGUGGACUAUCGACCAAUUGUAUAACGCGUCCAGAGGAAUUCACACUGUGCUAUUGGUGUCGAGUUAUGUUCAAACGCGCCUUUGAUGAAUGUGACUGAGUUCUGAAGUACAACACGUGCCAAACAACGUAAGGUUUGCCGCCAAAUUCUCGUAACGCUCCGUGUAUUUUAAUUAAGUGUGCGAUUUAUAUUUUAUUAAAAAAUGGAUGUGGGCAAUUUGAACGCCGGACAAUUACGUGUCAAGGAUGACGUCGGAAUACAAUGCCAAAAAUUAUUUCAAGAUUUUCUCGAAGUAUUUAAAGAAGAUGGUGAAGUAAAAUAUCUUGAACCAGCUAAAGAACUAAUUAGUCCAGAGCGAAGUACUUUGGAAGUUUCGUUCGAUGACAUUGAGAAAUUUAAUCAAGUUUUGUCAACUACUAUUAUUGAGGAAUAUUAUAGAGUAUAUCCAUUCUUAUGUCAAGCAGUUUGUAAUUAUGUGAAAGAUAGAGGAGAUAUGAGAAAGGAGAAAGAAUGCUACGUCAGUCUUGUUGAUGUGCCAACUAGACAUAAAGUGAGAGAACUUACUACGGCAAAGAUUGGAACGCUUAUUCGUAUAUCAGGACAAGUUGUAAGAACUCAUCCUGUUCAUCCAGAAUUGAUUCUUGGUACUUUCAUUUGUAUGGAUUGUAAUGCAGUUAUAAAGAAUGUUGAGCAGCAGUUUAAGUUUACCAAUCCUACAAUUUGCCGAAAUCCAGUAUGUAGUAAUCGUCGUCGAUUCAUGCUGGACGUGGAUAACUCAGUGUUCGUGGAUUUUCAAAAAGUUCGUAUUCAAGAGACGCAGGCCGAACUCCCUAGAGGAUGCAUUCCGCGUUCACUAGAAAUUAUUUUAAGAGCAGAAACGGUCGAGACUGUACAGCCUGGUGAUAGAUACGAUUUUACGGGAACGCUUAUAGUGGUACCGGAUGUUGGAUCUUUAGCAUUUCCUGGUGCUAAAGCAGAAUUUGGAUCCAGACACAAACAUGGUGAUCAAGGGGAAGGUGUUAGAGGACUCAAAGCUCUUGGUGUCAGAGAUUUAAACUAUAGAAUGGCAUUUCUUGCAUGCAGCAUCACUGCAACAAGUUCCAGGUUUGGUGGUGUUGAAAUGGCAAUGGAAGAAAUAUCCCAGGAGAUGAUGAAGCGACAAAUGACAGAAGCAGAAUGGAACAAGGUAUACGAAAUGAGCAGAGAUAAGAAUUUGUAUCAGAAUUUGGUCUCAAGUUUAUUCCCAGCCAUUCACGGAAAUGACGAAGUCAAGAAAGGAGUUACAUUGAUGCUCUUUGGUGGUGUGCCCAAGACCACCAUCGAAGGCACCACACUCCGUGGUGAUAUUAAUUGCUGUAUCGUAGGAGAUCCUAGUACUGCCAAGUCGCAGUUGCUCAAGCAAGUAACUGAUUUUUCUCCAAGAGCUGUGUAUACCUCAGGGAAAGCAUCCACUGCAGCUGGUUUAACAGCAGCCGUCGUACGAGAUGAGGAGUCAUCGGAUUUUGUUAUUGAAGCUGGUGCGUUGAUGCUCGCAGAUAAUGGGAUUUGUUGUAUAGACGAGUUUGACAAGAUGGAUCCACGAGAUCAGGUUGCCAUUCACGAAGCAAUGGAACAACAGACCAUUUCUAUUGCCAAGGCUGGUGUCAGAGCAACCUUGAAUGCUCGAACAUCCAUACUUGCUGCAGCCAAUCCCGUAAACGGUCGCUACGAUCGCAGUAAAUCCUUACAACAAAAUGUUUUAUUAACGGCACCUAUCAUGUCUCGAUUUGAUCUAUUUUUCAUCUUAGUUGACGAAUGUAAUGAGGUCAUAGACAAUGCAAUUGCCAAGAAAAUCGUUGAUCUUCAUAGUAACAAUAUAGUUAAUAUAGAGACAGUCUAUACUCAGACGGAAAUUCUGAGAUACAUUAACUUCGCCAAGCACUUCAAACCAGUUAUACAUCCGGACGCUGGGGAAAUUCUGAUUGAAAGUUAUACGACUCUCCGGCAAAGAGAAGGUACCGGCUCAGGAAAGUCCACAUGGCGUGUUACUGUACGUCAAUUGGAGAGUCUGAUACGACUAUCUGAGGCGUUGGCUAAGCUUGAAUGUGUCGAUGAAGUCACAGAAAAGCACGUUAAGGAGGCUCGACGAUUACUGAGCAAAAGUAUAGUGCGCGUAGAACAGCCAGACAUUGAUCUCAACGAGGAUGAGUACAAUGAAAAUGGCACAGGAAUGGAGCUGGACGAUGCACCGCCUCUUAUGGCUGCCUUCAACGCACUUGACAGCAAUGAUAAAAACACUGCUGCUACUACAGAUGAAGCAGCAUCCGCAGACGUUCCUAAAAAGAAGCUCACUAUGUCCUUUGAUGAAUACAAAAAUCUUUCCAACAUGUUAGUGCUUUAUAUGCGCAACGAGGAGAAUCGAAUUGAGAGUGAAGAUGAAAAUAAGGAAGGUACAAAAAAGUCGGAAUUGGUUGCAUGGUACCUUGAUCAGAUACAGGAUCAAAUCGAUUCCGAGGAAGAAUUGCUGGAGCGCAAGGCACUUGUUGAGAAAAUUAUAGACAGGCUAAUAUAUCAUGAUCAAAUUAUAAUUCCUUUAAAAACGGGUGAAUUAGGAAGCGGCGAACAGGACAGCGACGAAGAUCCUACGCUCGUCGUUCAUCCCAAUUACGUUAUAGAGAUUUAAUGCUAUAAUUCUUUAACUCUCGAUCUUGGACAAGAACUUAAUUUUAAUUGUAAGAAAGUAAAAUAAAAUAUUAUCUUUUGAUACACUUUUCCCAUA